CGCCUCUGCACCAAUCACAUCGGCAAGUCGAUUCGGAGGGAGGAGACAUAGAUUUCUUGCCCAAAAAGACGAGCGCUACCGAUAGGUUUCUGUACUUUUGUCAACUUGACUACGGACCGCUGCUAGACAGCAGCAAUUAACGACUCAUCGCACCGAUCUCAGCCAACACUACCUAUCAAUCAUGUCGGAGCACGAGCAAGCCGCUGUGCCUGUCGCCAAGGAUGGUGCUAGAGCCUUGGAGCAGGGAGAGGACGAGCGUGCCACCAAGCGUGUUAGAAUAGAGGACUCGUCCGCUGUUUCAGAAGCACAGCCCAAGGGAAACACCACCAAAACCACCACCGACACGAACGGCCACCAGAAUGGCAACGCUGCCCCCGUUGAUGCCCGUGAUCGCCGUUCAGGUCUUGUUGCGAUCAAGAAAGAAUUCCUCGUUGACAUCUCCGAGCGCAAAUCUGAGGCUGCAGCUCCUGCUGCCAUGGACGACGACGAAGCCGAAGGCCGUGGAGGAAACGACCGUGGCGACGACAGAGAUCGUCCUAACAAGUUUAAAGGAAAGAAGAAGGGCAAGGGUGGCCAGAACAUCGAGCGCACCUUUGGCAAAUUCGACGAUGCCCUGCCUCUCUGCAACAGCCGUGCUUUCUACCCCGAAUUCUCGCCCCGCGAAUGCCGCUUCGGCGACGGCUGCCGUCUCUGCCACGACGUGCGCAAGUACCUGAGCGAAGGCCGCCGCGCCGACUCCGAGACGUUUGGGGGCAAAUGCCCAGUCUUCGGCAAGCAUGGCUACUGCCCAUCUGGAUGGAAAUGCCGCUUCGUCCGCAGCCACAUGGACGAGAUUGAGCGAGAGGACGGCCGCAAGGAGCUCGUUCUCAUCGACAACAGCGCUCCCGCAGCAAACGGCGACGCCGACAAGGCCACCGAGCGAUCCAGAGACGCCGAAGAAGUCCGUCUGGGCGUCCACAACAUCGUCUCCAUGGACGUCAAGAUCGAACUCAACCGCAAGCGCGUCGACUUCUCCCAGGCCGAGACGUACAUCAAGUGGCUCGACAGCGAGUCCAGCCGCAACAACGACCUACACCACAUGCGCAAAGAUGCUUCUGACGACGCCGCACAGGAGAUCCGCGCUCAGUUCGUCGACCCGCCCUUCAAGGCCUCCGAGAAGCGCAGACUGUACUUCGGCCCCGAGACCCCAACGCUCGCCCCCCUCACCACACAGGGCAAUCUACCUUUCCGCCGUCUCUGCGUCGAGCUCGGUGCGCAGCUCACAUACUCCGAAAUGGCCUUUGGCAUGCCUCUGCUCCAGGGCACCAAGGCCGACUGGACACUCAUGAAGACACACGACUCGGAGCUGUCGCCGCCCAAGUUCACCCCCGGCAAAACCUUUGUUUUUGACAACUACAGCAACGCCAACGACUUGAAGUUUGGUGCCCAAAUCUCCGGCAGCGCCCACUGGGUCGUCACCAAGGCGGCCAACAUUCUCAGCCGCGAGUGCCCCAAGCUGCGAGUCAUCGACCUCAACUGCGGCUGCCCCAUCGAUAUGGUCUUCAAGCAGGGUGGCGGUUCCGCGCUGCUCGAUGCCCACGGCAAGCUGGAGCGCAUGAUCCGCGGCAUGAACGCCGUCUCGGGCGAGAUCCCCAUUACCGCCAAGAUCCGCACCGGUGUCAGAAACAACCGCCCCACGGCGCCAACAGUCAUUGAGCGCCUUGCCUUUGGCGCCAAGGAACACCGCGAGCGCCUAGGUGCCCCUGGCUGUGCGGCCAUCACGCUCCACGGCCGUAGCAGAGAGCAGCGAUACACAAAGCUUGCUGACUGGGGAUACAUUGGCGAGUGUGCGGCACUCAUCAAGUCUUACAACGAGAAGAAGGAUGCCUUGACCGACACCAUUGGCGAGCCGGAUGCCAGCACCUUGCCCAACUCCAAGGACAGCCACAUGUACUUCCUCGGCAAUGGCGACUGCUACUCGCAUACCGACUACUACAAUGCCAUUGAAAACGCCCGCGUCGAUUCCGUCAUGAUUGGUCGCGGUGCCCUCAUCAAGCCUUGGCUCUUUGAGGAGAUUGAGAGAGGACAGUACCUCGACAAGUCUGCCUCGGAGCGUCUUGCGUACAUUGAAAAGUUUGUCAAGUACGGUCUUGAGGCUUGGGGCUCCGAUGAGCUCGGUGUCGGCUUCACCCGCCGUUUCUUGCUCGAGUGGCUCAGCUUCGCCCAUCGCUAUGUUCCUGUAGCUAUGUUGGAGCAUCUGCCACCCAAGCUCAACGAGCGUCCUCCUGCCUACCACGGCCGUAACGACCUGGAGACACUCAUGGCAUCCGAUGAUUACAAGGACUGGAUCAAGCUUUCUGAAAUGUAUCUCGGCCCUGUGCAUCCCGGCUUUCAAUUCAAGCCCAAGCACAAGUCAAACGCCUACGAAGCUGAAGGUUAAAGCACCAGGCAAUGGGCAUAAAUUCGAAACAAAACACAUUUUUUAAUAAGGGGAGCGAAAAUCACAUAUAAAAGCAUAAGGGGGCGGGCGUGGUGGGGUUGUAGUCAUGAAAUUGUUUGAAUAGAUUAUGAGAUACAAAAUAAACUAGAAAUGUCAUAUGACUAGCUUCAGUGGCCUGUGAUAGACCUGGUGUAUGUUUUUGUACAAAAUGAUAGUCCAUCAGACUCCCGAAAACGCCAACUAUCCAACAACGGCCGUGAGUAUUUACUCCAAAUUCGGCUCGUCAUUGCACUGAAAAGACACUGUAGAUGCAAAAUAUUCGUUUUACGAGUAGAACUGGCUGCGCUGCAUUCCGUCAGCACUGAAGGAAUCCAUACCGCCCGAUCCUGUCGUCAUGGUGCUUGUGCGGCUGUCGUCAGCAACAGCCUUGAUCUUCUUCACGUCCUGGCCAGGGCGCUGCAAGACCUCAAGGUAAGUCGAUGGAAGGUACCCGGUGCGGCCAUCGCGCGAACGGCACUGCCACCAUUCACUGGGCUGGCCCGCUGGGUCGUUCUUGUUAAGGACAGCAACGAGAUCGCCCUUCUUAGAUUCAAGCUCCAUACCAGCGUUUCCACCUUGGGAGGCAAAGUCGUAGAGCAAGCGGCAAAACUCGAGCUUGGACGGGUCAACAGGCUGCUGAGCGUCAAGAGCUUGCUGCUGGAGGCGGCGCUCUUCUUCUUCAUGAGACGCAGCUAGCGUUCGGAUCAUCUUGGACAUGAGAUAUGGAAGACCGAAGGCUGCGACCAGGAAGAACAGCAACGGCUUUCGGCUGGCGCGAGGGGGGCCACCAGCUCCAUCGGGUCCAGGGUUGCGACCUUCAAAUCUAGCAAAAGCAGCUGGUGUCAAAGCUGUGGCGUCAGCAGGUGGAGGUCGGCCCGUGAUCUUUGCGAGCAGAGUUCGAAUCCAUCGGAGGAUUGUGAAGAUGCCCAAAACAGAGCCUAGGGUAUCGCGCAAGUUUCCAAAUUGUUCGGCAACAGAAACCAUAGCUAUUACAAUGGUUAGCAGGUGUUAGGAAUGAAAAGAUUGUGAUAGGAGAUGCUGUCCGUACCGAAGAAGCUUGAGUGUGUAGCCAUAUAUGUGCUCUCAAGCAUUUGAGCAAAGCCGCCAAACGCCGUGACAAUACCCUCCAGCAUCUGGAAAGUAGCAGCGGUGCCAUGGCUAAAUCGGUUGGUAAGGCUGUUAGGGUCAUUUGGCAUACCGCCCAUGCCCAUACCCAUACCCAUGCCGCCAUACAUACCGCCACCAUAACCGCCAUAUCCGCCAUACAUACCACCACCAUAACCUCCUCCGUAGCUUCCAAAUCUAGAGUACGGGCUGGAGUAUGGCGACGAGUAGGCGCUGCCGUAACCGGUUCCGUAGGCGCUGUAUGGUGAGGCGCCGACGCCGGGGACGGCUCCCAUGCCACCGGCGACGCCUGUUCGGCUAUAGGCAGCAGCGUUCUGGUUUACUGUCGAGGCCAGGGAGGAUGGACGUUCUGGGACGGGGGGUGCUGUGGAAAGAGGAUUCGAUGCUUGUGUCGAUGCGGUUGAGGUGGCAGAAACUGGGAGAGAAGCUGUUUCAAAUGAGUUAGCAUGUGAAGGGAGUCCCGAGGACCUCGCGUUUUGUACGUACCAGCAGCGCCGGUGCUGGCACCGGGCCGUUCCCAUGGUUUAGGCGGUGAUGCCAUGGCUGUGAAUUAAUGUGAUGAUGUGGUGUAUAAGUGUUCGAUAAGGGAGGCGAUUAUUCGAUGAGGAUGGUGAGCCAGUGACUGAGGUCGGGGAGAUGCGCGCGAUCACAAGCGGCGGGGCCCGCGCUGAGUUUUUGCGAUGUCCGAGCAGGUGGCGACGGGCUUAAUUCAUGAAGAACCAAAAUUCGCAGCAGAUUGGAGAUUGCUGCGCAAAUAAUACCGAUCCUGCUAUCAAUGUAUGCAAGAACAGAGAAGCGAAGGAGGGGGCAGAUGCCGUGCGGGAUGGAGUUGUUUUGGUGGAUGGAAGAGAGGCUGAG